AAGAUAGAUCACUAUUUAUAUAUAAGUGAGUCUCAAGUCUCAAGGUCCGUCCAAGAUUAGACCAUCUCUACAUAUUCCAAACGAUACCCAGCUACCUAGUCUUAGUAGCUUAGUAACAUCUUCAAGAAUAUUUAUUGUACUUCCUUUAUAAUCCGAUUCUAUAUAAAAUGUCUUCCAAGUUGUUUGCUGUCGUCGCUGGUGCUGGCCCAGGCACAGGAAGAGCUUGUGCUAUCCGCUUCUCCAAGGCCUACCCUGUGGUGCUUUUGACUCGUACACCCGAGUCGUACCAGAACACAGUGGCCGAGAUUAACAAAGCUGGUGGCAAAGCGAUUGGUAUCAGUGCCGAUACUUCGGACGUUAAGUCAUUGGACUCGGCCUUUGAGAAGAUUGCAAAGGAGCUACCAGGUUUCAAGCUUGCUGCGGCUGUUUACAAUGUUGGUGCUGGAUUCCAGAGGAAGCCAUUCCUUGAACUGAGCGUCGAAGACUUCGACGUGGCUGUCGGUGGUAAUGCUCGCGGCUUAUUCAACUUUGCUCAGAAGACUCUUCCGCUACUCUUAGACGCAGUACCAGAGUCGGAGCAUCCACCUACCCUACUCAUCACAGGUGCUACCGCUUCUAUCAGGGGUUCAUAUCUGUUCUCGACAAUGGCUGCUAGCAUGUUUGCUCGACGAGCUCUUGGCCAGUCACUAGCACGUGAAUUUGGACCAAAGGGAGUACACGUAGCGCAUGCUAUUGUCGAUGGAGUUAUCGAUAUACCUCGAACAAGUCACUAUAGCCCCAACGAUGGCGCCGAGGAUGGCAAGAUUAGGGCUGAUGCGAUCGCUGAGAGCUAUUGGAACUUGCACACCCAGCACCGUUCCGCGUUCACACAAGAGAUAGACAUACGGCCCUAUGUUGAGAAGUUCUGAGUUCUUUUCCCCAAUCAUUGAAGUGAGAGGUCAGGAUCAUGUUUACUUCUUCCGAUACAACUGAGACUUCUAAACACAAGUAGGCAUAUCUGCACACAAAUAUAAAUGGCUUGAAUUCAUUGAAAUCAGCUUUAU